CAUCCGGAGGAAAUGCAUGUGAAAAAUGUCAACAAACAUCAAUUACCUGAAAAGCAAUGUUUUCAUGCAUUGUGCAUCUGCCGAUGAGUUUUGAAUAUUUAAAAUAUGACGUAGCAAUUUACACAUCAUGGCUUUUGCAUCCUCGACUAGGGCUGUGUAUAGUAGACCUAUAAAAAAGUUUGACAACUCUAAAGUUGAUGACAAACCAACUUAUGCCAACGAACCGCCUAAAAAUUUACCACACCAGUAUCAGAAUGGAAGCCCUUUUGACAAAGUUAAUAAGGUUGGUGUGUCUCGUCCCUUUAACAGAGAGACAGAAACCCAUAGUAAGCAUCAUCGUGGGAAAAGCAAUUUUGAUAACAUUCGGUCUGAAUGUUUGAGGAGGAGAAUAUUGUAUGAAGAUCCUGAUUUUCCUGCAAAAGACUCUUCAAUUUAUUACAGUCGGACAUUGCCAUAUAGGAUUGAAUGGAAAAGACCUUAUGAGAUUUCUGCAACGUAUCGACUAAAGCCAAACUUUUUUGUGGAUACACUUGAUAGUGCCUCAAGGUUCGACGUCAAUCAGGGUGAACUAGGAGAUUGCUGGGUUCUGUCUGCUAUUGCCUGUUUAACAAGUCCAGAUCACCGAGAGCUUUUCCGACGUGUUGUCCCAGCAGACCAAGGUUUCCAAGAUGGCUGGUACGCUGGUAUCUUUAGGUUUAAUUUCUGGCAUUUUGGCAAAUGGGUAGAAGUAGUUGUGGACGAUCGAUUGCCUACUUAUAGAGACCAGCUGGUGUUCAUACAUUCUAAUCAAUCUAAUGAAUUCUGGGCUGCAUUACUGGAAAAGGCUUAUGCUAAACUGUAUGGGUCCUAUGAAGCUUUGAAGUCUGGGAAUGUUGGAGAUGCCUUGUCAGAUUUUACAGGGGGCGUUUCAGAAUACUACACACUACGAGGACAGAAAGCCAACUAUCCUAAGGGACUAGUCAACAUAUUGUUUAAAGCAUUAGACAGACAAUCAUUAAUAGGAUGUGGUAUCAAUCUCCCACCAGAUGGCAGGUCUAGGACAAUGUCUGAUGGAUUAGUGACAGGUCAUGCUUACAGUGUAACAGAUUUAAGAGAGAUACUGUUGAUGUCUGAUAGUGGAGAAAUUCCUAUAACAUUAAUCAGAGUAAGGAAUCCUUGGGGAUAUAAAAUAGAAUGGAGGGGCAGAUGGGGUGAAAAAUCAAGAGAAUGGAACAGUAUUCCAGAAAUAGAACGAGAAAAAAUGGGACUUAUAUUCAGGGACGAAGGAGAAUUCUGGAUGGAAUUUGGAGAUUUUCUGCAGAAGUAUGACACAUUAGAAAUCUGUAAUCUGACUCCAGAUGCUCCUGUAGAAAUGCCAAAACAGUGGCAUACAGCGGAAUUCCACCAUAGAUGGGUCAGAGGAUUUAGUGCAGGAGGAAGGCCUUCAAACCAAGACACACAUUGGUCCAAUCCUCAAUUUUCUGUUACCCUGUCAGACAGAGACGAAGAUGGAGAUAACGUUUGUAGUCUGGUUAUACAACUUAUGCAGAAAGAUGGAAGGAAACUAAAACAGUUUGGAAAAAAAAAUCAACAUAUAGGCUUCUUUGUUUAUCAAAAUUUAAAGAGUCAUCCAUUGCCAUUGAAGAAGGAAUUUUUUGACAAUAAUCAAAGUGUACAAUCUAGUGGGCUAUUUAUAGAUUCUCGACAAAUUAUAAAGCGAUUAACUUUACCGAGAGGACAAUAUGUAGUGAUUCCAUGUACAUGGGAUAUUAAUGAAGAAGCAGGAUUCUACCUCAGAUUCUUUUUUGAAAACCAAAACACAGCAGAAGACAUUGAUGAAAUUCCAGAAAAAUCAGACACGCCACUACUUCAGCAUCCUCCAGAUAAAGAACGAGAGGAACAGUUUAAACGAUUCUUUUAUGCUGUGUCAGGGGAAGACAUGGAAGUAACGCCUUAUGAAUUGCAACAAACAUUAAAUGAGGCAUCAAGGAAAGAUCAACAUCACAGAAAUAUGAGUAUAGACACAUGUAAAAAGUUUGUGUCUUUGUUGGAUACAGAAUUAUUAGGCAAAAUAGGUUAUACAGAGUUCUUGUACUUGUGGAAUUUACUCAAAAGUUGGAAGAGAAUCUACUUCCAGUAUGAUACAGAUAAUAUAGGAUCUUUUAGUUGUUUUGAAUUAAGGAGGGCACUUGGAGCAGCAGGUUUUACAAUAAACAACAGUUCUAUGCAAGCUUUGAUAUUUAAGUAUUCUAAUGAGAAAUGUCAUAUAGACUUUGAUGGUUUCCUUUCCUGUUUGUCUAAGCUGACAAAAUUGUUUAAUGACUUCAACAAUAUGAAACAGAAUGGCCAGAUUACGUUAAGCAUUGAUCAAUUUAUACAGAAAUCAUUCCUAUCAUGACACUAGGAGAUGUAAGGAUGUAGUCUUGGGUUAUACUGAAGGAAAGCUUCACAACAAUGAGAUGUUGUCAGUUCAUUUACCAUACAAAUCACUUAAUACACAGUCUCAUAGCCUACCAGCUUUAGCCAUUACAGUCAUUUGAGUGAACACUUACAAUGUUUGAACAAAAUAGCACUUGCAAUCACUGUAGAAUUCUUAUUGUCUCGCCUUGACAGAGUCAAAAAGCAAGACUUAGGUAUGCUGUUUUCGCUGGCAGUGCCUCAUUGGUGGCAUCAACAAUUUUGAUGAAGUUUGUGAUUAGGACAGUUUAAGGGGAACCACUUAUGAUAAGUUAAUGAUGAUAUUUAGUAUGCAGUUGAAUUAGCAUUGACCACAGAAAGUAUUUGGCUCUGUACCUUCAGUUAUGGUUUAUUGGCAUCGAAUAUUUUGCCUAAUUUACAUGUAAAAGUACAGCUAUUUUUAAUUUCAACAGUUGCAUUUUACUCUCAAAAUAACAUACAGGUGAGACAUAUCUCUAUGUCAACAGUUUAUUUACUAAUUGAUGAGUAGGAUGACAUGCUUAAGUCAGUAAUCUGAUGUUCAGUAGUUGUCGUUUGUUGAUGUGGUUCAUAAGUGUUUCUCGUUUCUCGUUUUUUAUACAGAUUAGAACAUUGGUUUUCCCGUUUGAAUGGUUUUACACUAGUAAUUUUUGGGGCCCUUUAUAGCUUGCUGUUUGGUGUGUGAGCCAAGGCUCUGUGUUGAAGACCGUACUUUGACUUAUAAAUGGUUUACUUUUAUAAAUUUUGACUUGGAUGGAGAGUUGUCUCAUUGGCACUCAUACCACAUCUUCUUAUAUCUAUUAAAUUGUAAUUUUGGAUAUAGGGGAUUUUAUAAAAGUGGGAUCUUGGAAAAAGAAGGAAAAAAAUUACAAAAAAUGGACAUUAUGAAUAAGGUUGAAAAAGGGUGAGAACAAAAGCAAUCAAAAACUAAAAGUUGAAGAAAAAAAGAAAACACUAUGGCCAAAUGAAAAAUAGACCAACAACAGUCUGCAAAAGACAAAAGAUUCAUCAACACGAAUCAGGUGCUCCAGAAGGGUCAGAAGUUCAUUGUGAUCAAUAUUGUUGUGAAAAGACAAUUGUUUUUACUUCUCUCAGGGUUGAUCAUCUCAGUUUGAUGUUUUAAUGAUCCAUUACAUCCAUUUAUUAUUGUAAAAUUGUAUAUAUUUGUAAUAUACUGUAAAUCUAUAUUUAUAUACGUCUGCAAAUUACAAUAUCCAGUAUAGAUGAUAUGGGUUAUUUUUUAGAAUAUAUUGUUUAUAUAUAAAGUUGUUAAAUUAUAUAUUUAUAAUUUUUGUACUUGAAUGUUUUGUGGUGACAUUCCCUCCAUUAAGUGUGGUUAAACGGCAGCAGGUUGUGAAUAUCUAUUUUGUUGUUUGUUCGUGUGUUUUUUAAUUCACUGUUAACAAAUGUUGCACUGUACAUAUAUAUUUAUAUAAUUAUAAUAACUUUUAUGAGGCUACAUCAAAUUGAUUUGUUAUUCUUGUUUACUUUUUGGAAAUGUUUUUUUUUUUUUAAUAAAUAAUAAAUAUGUAUAUACAAUUAUAUUCUGCAAAUGCCUUGAUGCAAUUUGCACUUAUUUUUGAUAAUUUGAAAAGACAUGAAGGAUUACUGGUAAUAAUCAACUUGUACAAUAAAUAAAAUUCAGAUUUAUUUUUUUUAAUUUUCUUAAGAUAUGAAAUAUUAUGCCAUUUGUUGUCGUAGAAUUGUUUAAGUGGGGGAAUUAAAUUAAGAUUUUCAAGUUGCAAAUAUUUGUUUCAUAAAAAUUGAACAAAAUUCAAUUUAUUUGAUGUGAAAGCUACUUUCCAUUUAUUAUUCAUCUAUUGUUCUGAAUAUUUAUUUACCCUUUAUAACAUUUAAUUACAAGGCCAAUUACUUUUAUACGAUCGCAAAAAAAUUUUGUGGUCGUAUAUUGGUAUGACGUUGGCGUCGUCGUCGUCCGAAGACACAUUGGUUUUCGCACUCUAACUUUAGUUUAAGUGAAUGGAUCUCUAUGAAAUUUUACCAUAAGGUUCAAUACCACAAAAGGAAGGUUGGGAUUGAUUUUGGGGGUUAUGGUACCAACAGUUAAGGAAUUAGGGGCCAAAAAUAAGCAUUUUUGUAACUUCCAGACAUAACUUGUGUGUUAGUGUAUGGAUCUCUCUGACAUUUUUGUUCCAUAUCACAAAGGGAAUGCUGGGAUUGAUUUUGGGAGUAAUUGCCUCAAAAUUUUAGGAAUUAGGGGCCAAAAAAGGGGCAAAAAACAAGCAUUUUUCUAGUUUCAUGACAAUAACUUGUGUGUAAGUCUAUGGAUCUUUCUGAAAUUGUACUACAAGGUUCCAUAUCACAAAGGGAAAGCUGGAAUUGAGUUUGGGGGUAAUUGCUCAAAACGUUUAGGAAAAAGGGGCCAAAAAGGGCCAAAAAUAAGCAUUAUUCUAGUUUCCAGACAAUAACUUGUGUUCAAGUGUAUGGAUCUCUCUGAAAUUGUACUGCAAGGUACCAUACCACAAAGGGAAGGCUGGGAUUGAUUUUGGGGGUAAUUGCCUCAAAAUUUUAGGAAUUAGGGGCCAAAAAGUGGCAAAAAACAAGCAUUUUUCUAGUUUCAGGACACUAACUUGUGUGUAAGUGUAUGGAUCUUUAUGAAAUUGUACUACAAGGUUCCAUAUCACAAAGGGAAAGCUGGGUUUGAGUUUGGGGGUAAUUGCCAUAAACGUUUAGGAAUAAGGGGCCAAAAAGGGGCCAAAAAACAAGCAUUUUUCUAGUUUCCAGACAAUAACUUGUGUUCAAGUGUAUGGAUCUCUCUGAAAUUGUAUUGCAAGGUACCAUACCACAAAGGGAAGGCUGGGAUUGAGUUUGGGGGUGAUGAAUCAUAAGGGGGUUCAAAAAAUUUGGGGGGGAUUUUUUUUCCCUGUUUUUCCUUUUUUUUUUCUUUAAAAUUUUCCAUUUUAAAUUGGUUAUUUCUGAUUUAUAUAUAAAAGCAAAUAAUAAUGAUAUGGUUUGAAUAGGUAAAUUAAAAAUUUAUAAGUUCUUAGACCACAUUCAUUCUGUGUCAGAAACCUAUGCUGUGUCAAAUAUUUAAUCACAAUCCAAAUUCAGUGUGUAUCAAGCUUGAAUGUUGUGUCCAUACUUGCCCCAACUGUUCAGGGUUCGACCUCUGUGGUCGUAUCAAGCUGCGCCCAGCGGAGCAUUUUAUUAUAUAAUUAAAAUGCUUUUUAAGAAAUGCUGGUAUGAUGUGGUCAGAAAGCGCUUCUAGUAAAUGAUACUCUUUUUCUUAAAUCCUACCCGUUAUUGAAUAGGCGAAAACUACAGAUUGAGGAAAAGUUUUGACUUUCAUUAUAAAAAAAAAUGUUUAAAACAUCUACGCAAAUAUUUGUGUUUUAUAUCGUUUUUCUAUUUGUUCUGUUACUAUAUAUUUUAAUUGUAAAGACUUUUAGCUCACCUGGAUUAAAGAGCUGUUGGGAGCUAUUGCCAUUACUUGUCAUCAUUCCUUAAAGGCUUUUUUUUUCCUCUGGAAUUAUUGGUCCAAGUCAACAAAAUUUUGUAUUAUGGCCCUUUGGUGGUUUCAAAUCUGUAUGCAGCAGACAUGCCAUCCCAUCUUACAAUAAGGACAUUAAAGCAUUUGUUUUACUGAGGCAUUUUGACAUUUCUGAUGAAAUGGCAUUACCAACUGAAUCCAGAAUUUUGAGGAAUGGUUGUCUCUAAAUUGGUCCGAUCAAAGUCAUGUCUGGAAAAUUGGCCAGAGUCCGUGUUUGAAGAAGCCAGUUUUUAAAAUUGCCUGAAAUAAUUGAUAAAAUUGAUAUAAACUCUAUUAGAAUGGCCCUUUGGUGGUCCUCUCUAAAACCAUAAUUGACAGCUCUGCCUAUUAUCCAAGACAAGAGCUACUGGUACUCAUAGGCUGAAACAUUUUUAACAUCUCUGAAACUUAGCCAACUCCAAACCAACUUUGGUCUCCUUUCAAAAUCAUUAUUACAAAUUCAGUAUGUCAUACAGCAUAGAUUAUAGAUCUUCUAAUUGACAUAGACAAAUUUAAGGGGAGUCUUUUUAUGAAAAAUUGUUGUUGCCUAUUGCCGAUUGAAAACUAGUGCAAAAGAUAGCAAACAUUUAUUUUUUUUAACAUGACAGUUGAGCAAUACAUAGAAUUUGUUGAAAGUUGAUUACUAUAUUUUAAAAUGGAUUGAAGCAAUUACUGAAAAUUUUAUUCAAAAUAUAGAACUUUCUUUACUGAUUUUGGUGAAGAUGUUGGCCCUUUUUAAGAUGGAUAUUUACAGUUAUCCUUUAAUUGUAAAAAGAUGUAAUGUUAUCAAAUCUGGCAUGCAUAAAUGAGAGAAAAUACAAAUGAACUGAACAAGUGGACUGGUUUUAAUUUGACCUUGAAAUCUUAAUUCUAUUGUUUAUUUUAGUUUUUAUUUGGUUCUCUAAUACAAUGCAUGUUGAGAAUAUUAUAUAUUACUUUUAUGUUUUUUCUGUUAUUAUGUUUUAAAUUUUCAUUUGAUGACUUCUGAUCCAGUAACACAUCAGGAGAGCAAAAGAUCAAAAGAUAAUUCCCUAGUUGUAUGAUAUCAUGCAGAGUCAAAGGCACUUUUAUUCUAUAAUAGGCAGCGAGUUUAUCACCUUACAUCAUUUUCUUGCCAGAAAUAGAUCAAUUUUACCAUUAAACAUUAAUAUCAUUGUAGAUUUAGUUGACGAUACAGUUAAAAUGACUUGAAAUUACUUUAACAGUAUGAAAGGUUUAAGAAAGCUACUUAUUACAAUGUUAACAUAUCGCUAUAAAUCAUACAAAUUGUACAAAAAUAGGGCAAAAUAUGAUUAUGCAAAAUUGAAUUAGCAGCAAUGGUGCUUUUUAUUGUCUGUUUACUCAAAUAUUAUUUUAAUAUUUAUUAGACAUAGAAUAUAUCAAUUGAUAAGUAUAGUUCCAUUGAAAAAUUUUGUUGAAAAAGGAGAUAACUUAUGAACAAAAAAAAACAUCAGAAUGAAUUAGCUUCUAAAACUAUAAACUCAGCACUACAAAAGAAAUUUAUUUUUAUAUUUUGAUAUUUAAAUGGUAUUUACUUAAAGUAUCCUUAAAGGGGACAGACAGUUUAGUAGUGCAACAAUAUCACAUAUCACUGGUAUUAGUUUGUGUCUUACAUGGAGUGCUACUUGAUAAAUGGAAGUUUUUAUUUAAACUUCCAUUUGUUUUAUUUACGAAAUGGCAGUUAUAAUUUCAUAAUCAUAAAAAUUACGAACUAUUUUCAUUUAUCAAAUGAUUUGUAAUAGAUAUUGUGUUUAUAAUACUUGUUUGUAGAACAUAAUUAUAGACUGGUUGUUUUUACUUAACUUUUUCUGUGAAUUAAAAUGUAACAUGUGA